CCUUUUCUUAAACAGUUCUCGAGGUGAAGUCGCGGUCACCUAUAUAUUCUCCAAAGAAGCCAAUUUCAGGAAGGCACUAUAUACAAAACUAUGCCGACAAUGAGAGAAAUUGAUAAGAUACCAACAGUGUUGGAACGACCCAAGGAUAUGAAAUUACUUUGUCUUGGGUUAUCUCGUACGGGAACCAAUUGUACGUGUCAAAAAUGAUUGGAGUAUCUCCUACUAAUACUGCAACUGAAAGCAUUGUAUAUCGCUCUUCAACAGCUUGGCUAUACCCCAUAUCAUGGCAACCAACUAUUCUCCAACAAACUCCAUAAUAAGUGCUGGGAGGAGGGAUUGAAGUCGAAGUUCUAUGAUGGUAAAUCAUACGGCCUCGUUGAAUUCGACAAACUGCUGGGGAAUUACGAUGUAGGUCUUCUAGUGCCUCCAUAUACUCCUCGCAAAUGAAGGCAUAGUCCCAGGCUAAUAGCCAUGCCCAACCAGGCUGUGACCGACUGUCCUUGUGCCAACUUUGGCGAGGAGCUAUUAGCUGCAUACCCCAACGCAAAAGUUAUUCUCACCACCCGUGACCCCGACAGCUGGAUUCGAUCUAUGGAGUCAUGCUACUACCAAAUUCUCGACAUACUCUCCUGGAACCCUGUCGUGUAUCUCGAGCCCAACGAAUGGGGAGCCUUUCGAAGUCUCCUCUACAUGAUCUUGACACAUAUAACUCGAGGCGAAUGGAAAAACCGAGCAGCUUUACGUCGGGGUUUCUUGGAGCAUAAUGACUUGAUAAGAUCUUUGGUACCCAAGGAAAAGUUGUUGGAGUUUCAAGCUGGGCAGGGUUGGGAACCUCUGUGUCAAUUUCUCAAUAAACCUCAACCGUCAAGUCCAUACCCAAAGACUAAUGAGGGAAGUACGACUGCAAAUCUUCUUCGUAUGUUCUAUCGGAUGGUUCUUUUGCAGAAAGUGAUGAAGGUGUUACCGACGAUAUUGGCUGUGUCAACGGUGAUUAUGAGCUGGGUUGCAUGGAAAAUGUACUUUCAAGAACGAAGAUAGAACUUUGAUCUACCAAUUAGAAAUUGUUCUCUCGUCAAACAAUGCUGGAUAUAUUGAGCUUGUCGGAUUUAUCUCUUAAAUUUCAAAGGAUUAGAAUUUUUAAUAUCAAUUCAACAAUUCCCAAUCGAUUAACCUUGCCCGCGCAGCUUGAUCUUUGGAGAAAGUAAACAAUGUUCCAACAAUUUAUCCAUGACAAGUGAAUAAGAUA